AUGAUAAAAUUCUUGAUUUUUCUGAGUUUUUUCAUAUUUUCUGUGAAAUCUGGACCAUGCUUGGAUUCUAUACUAACUUGUCCAGACUUGAAGACUUUUUGCCUAGACGAGUCAGUUCAAAGCCAAUGCCCCCUAACCUGUGGAGUCUGUCAACAGGAUCCCAAUCUUUGUAUGGACACCAAUUUGGAGUGUGAAACAUUCUCAAUUCAAUGUUCUCAAGAGGAUUAUCAGAAACAGUGUCCAAAAACUUGUGGUACUUGUAAGGAUGGUAGUACAGUAGUUCCAAGAACUACAGUACCUCUAAGAACUACAGUAAUCCCUGAUUGUGUGGACCAUUUAAUAGAAUGUCCCCAAUUUUCUAAGCCCUGUAGCGAUGGAUUAGCAUUACAAUGUCCAUUGAGUUGUGGGAUUUGUAAUGGAACUACAGUAGUCCCAAGGACCACUGAACCCCAAACAAUCAUAGUAGCUCCAACAACGCUUAUGAGAACUACAGUACCCCCUCAAACUACAAAAAAGCCGACCCCAACAACUCCAAAACCACCAUGCAAGGAUGCGUCGCCAAAUUGCGUUGGAUGGGCGAAAAAUGGAUUCUGCACCAACACAUUCUAUCCACCGGAGAAGAGAAAAGAAUAUUGUGCCAAAACUUGUAAAUAUUGCUAA